AUGUUCUCAAAUUCGAAUAACAGCUCCAACUUAUUCGGAGGAUCAGACGCUAACAAGACAUCUACUAACCUAUUUGGCAGCACAGAUGCGACAAAGACUUCGGGUGGACUGUUUGGAAGCUCCACUAGCACGACGACCGGAGGCACCUCUACCAACCUCUUUGGAGGAUUGAGCACUGACAAGCCUUCCACCGGUCUAUUCGGUAGUACUGAUACUACAAAGACGACAAACUUGUUUGGAGGGUCCACUGAUGCCAACAAACCGUCUGGAAGUCUCUUUGGAAGUUCCACCAGUACAAGUACUGGAAACACAUCCACCAACCUUUUUGGCGGUUUGACCUCUACUUCUACUGAUGCAGGAAAGCCUAGCAACUUAUUUGGUACCACAACGAGCGCUGGGAGUAGCUCCACUAAUCUGUUUGGGGGUUCUACAGACACUAGCAAGUCUAACUUGUUUGGGAGUACUACCGAUGCCAGUAAAUCUAGCAACCUCUUUGGGAGCACUACUGCUACUUCUACAAGUUCAACUAGCCUUUUUGGAGGGGCUAGUGCUACGACAAGCACGGACACUAGCAAAAGCACAAACUUAUUUGGCGGGUCUACGGAUACCACAAAGAGUACAAGUUUGUUUGGUGGAUCGACUGAUACUAGUAAAUCCACGAACCUAUUUGGUACCACAAGCACAUCAACAGAUGCUACAAAAACUACUAGUCUAUUUGGAGGAUCCACGGAUGCCGGAAAAUCUUCAAACCUGUUUGGAACAACGACUACAGAUGCGAACAAGCCUAGCAACUUAUUUGGUACGAAUACAUCUACGGACGCAAAUAAAUCUACAAGCCUGUUUGGGGGAACCACAGAUACAAGCAAGACUACAGAAAGUAAACCUGCUGAAACAACAACAUCGGAUAAAACAUCUAUAUUUGGGGCAACAACGACAACUUCCCUUGGAACAUCUAGUCAGACAAAUGCCAAGGACUCUGGCAGCUCCACUCUCUUUGGUAGUUCAACUAGCACUGAAAAGACACCAAAGACAGACAUUGAUUUUACUAUAGUAGAGCAGCAUACGGUAAAGGAACUGCUCGAUAAUUGGGAGACUAGGCUCUCCAAAAAGGUCGAGUCCUUUAAAGCCUUUUCUGAAAAGAUCUCAGAGAUUGACAAGAGGCUCAUUUUACAGUGUAACAACAUCAAUACGCUGGUAAAUACACAUAAACAGCUAUUGGAAAAGCACGAAAAAAUGGAAGCAUCCAUAAAAUUCAUGGAGGAGGAGCAGAACACCGCCAUGGAGACUUUGGAUAGCAUCGAGGCAUCGCUAAAGGACAGGCUCAAAAACCUCACCUCCCAUAGUUCUGGAUAUACUACCAUAGAGAGAAUCUCAAAGCAUCUCCAGGAACUCCAUGAGCAGCUUUCACAUACCACAAAGAUUGCGGAAGAUGCUGCCAUUGCGUGUCAACCAGAUCCACUCUACACGGUUGCCAAGGUCCUCUCAUUCCACCAAGCCAGCCUUUUUGACUUGGAGAACCAAUGUUAUGAGAUCGAGAAUACCAUCAAGGCACUGGAGAAGCUCUAA